CUCAGUGUGUUUUACUCUCUGCCGAAAUUUGUUAGGUUGGAAAAUUUACGCUUUUAUAAGUGGGAAUUUCAAAACAUUGAUUGCGAUGCGGUUUCUAAGGAUACCGUUUCUGCUGACAAUUAUAUUUGUAAACUCAGUAUUCGGAUUGAGACAAUGCGUCGGUCAAAAGCGCUGUACAGAAUUCGACCUCUGCCCGGAGUUCGAACAUCUUGUCGGCGUGCCCGUUUUGAAGCUGCAUCCAGAUGUACAGGUUCAGCUUAGGAACAACCAUUGCCGAACUGAGAAACGUGGAAAUUUGAACAUCCACAGUUUCUGCUGUAACAUUCGUCCUCCACUGUCUGAUAGAUCCAAAGCGUUGACAAUGGUAAACACGAAGACUUGCGGAAAAAGCGUCGAUGACAAAAUCUCUUAUGGAAAAACGGCCAGAGUAUUCCAGUAUCCUUGGAUGGCGUUACUACUUAGCUAUGACCGGACCGUGAAAUGUGGAGGAACACUUAUUGCCGAGAGCUAUGUUCUGACUGCGGCUCAUUGUGACAGAGAUGUAGCUUUUGUCCGAUUAGGUGAAAAUAACAUUUCCAAACCUAUCGACUGUAAUUAUUUUGAUGAUCAAAAGGAUUGUGCUGACCCACCACAGGAUAUUCAAAUUGAUAAAUUCAUCAAACACCCUCUAUACAGUUCUUCUAAACGGAAGAAUGACAUUGCAUUGAUAAAACUAGCCAAUCCAGCCAGGCUAAGUUUGAGUGUUAAAACGAUUUGCUUACCUAUCGGGUCUCUGCGACGGGAUCCUGUUCCAACGUAUAUGAUUGUGUCUGGCUGGGGUUACACCGAAAAUGGAAGCACCUCGGAUGUGCUGCAGUAUGCAUCGCUGUCGCUACUGCCCACCGGUCGAUGUGGUCGAAAGCUGUCCCGAAUGAAUGAUGCCAUUACGCUGGAUGAUAAAAGACAAUUUUGCGCCGUUGGCAAGGGCAAAAUAGACAACUGUGCCGGCGAUUCCGGAGGACCUCUGCAGUAUCUUUCACGAGAAUCGUCGUCGGUGCAGUACGGGAUCGUAUCGUUCGGAGUAAAUUCCUGUGGAGUACAAAACGCACCCGGUGUCUAUACAAAUGUGACAUUCUAUAUCGAAUGGAUUUUGCAGAAUUUGAAAUGAAAUUAAGUAUGACAUUUAUUAGUUUAGUUUGAAUUGAUGGCCUUAUCGAAAUUGUAAUUAAAAUUAUAUUCGCUGCAAUAACUACUUUUCGUAUUUUCGAUCGGAAUCUAAUUGAAUCGAAUAAGUUAAUAAUUCGAUUAGGUAUAUCCAACAACUGGUAU